ACUUCAGCGUGCGCAUUUUGACAGCCUUCUCAGCACACAAUUUGUUAAAAAUUGUUUACAGUUACCUCUCGGCAGACGAUUCGCGCAAAAAUCGCAACAUCGAUUAUUUUUCAGUAAAUUCUCCAAGUUUUCCCAGUUUUUGGUUCGUUUAGUUCAAUUGCCAAGCUGCUGCAAGUGACCAGCAGUACGAACAGUGUUAUCGAUCAUACGAAUUCGUGUGAUCACCGGUAAGAAACACUCCGCGAAACUUUUCCUCCCAAUCGCCGCUUCCGCUCUGAGCUAUGAGCAGCGCUGUUAUGAUGGAUUACGAGUUCAAAAUGAAGACGCAGCAGGAACGGGCCAAGGUGGAGGAUUUGUUCGAGUACGAAGGCUGUAAGGUAGGCAGGGGGACCUACGGGCACGUCUACAAGGCGCACCGGAAAGAAAGCAAUGACACCAAGGACUACGCGCUGAAACAAAUCGAGGGCACGGGGCUGUCGAUGUCGGCUUGCCGGGAGAUAGCGUUAUUGCGAGAGCUGAAGCAUCCCAACGUGAUCAACCUGAUUCGGGUAUUCCUGUCGCAUACAGACCGGAAAGUGUGGCUGCUCUUCGAUUACGCUGAGCAUGAUCUAUGGCACAUUAUAAAGUUUCAUCGAGCGGCCAAGGCCACCAAGAAGCCGGUUAUGGUCCCAAAAGGAAUGGUCAAAAGUUUACUGUAUCAGAUAUUGGAUGGCAUUCAUUAUUUGCACAGUAAUUGGGUUCUACAUAGAGAUCUGAAACCCGCCAACAUUCUAGUGAUGGGAGAAGGCAACGAGCGAGGUCGCGUCAAAAUCGCCGACAUGGGCUUUGCUCGGUUAUUCAACGCUCCGCUGAAACCCCUAGCAGAUCUUGAUCCGGUGGUAGUAACUUUCUGGUAUCGUGCUCCAGAAUUGCUGCUGGGGGCUCGUCAUUACACCAAAGCGAUCGAUAUUUGGGCCAUUGGGUGUAUCUUUGCGGAGCUGUUGACUUCGGAACCGAUAUUUCACUGCCGACAGGAGGACAUCAAAACGAGCAAUCCCUACCAUCAUGAUCAACUGGACCGAAUCUUCAAUGUGAUGGGCUUCCCCCAGGACAAAGAUUGGGAAGAUAUCCGGAAAAUGCCCGAACAUCAUACUCUGACUAAAGACUUCAAGCGGUCUAACUACGCAAACUGCUCACUGGUAAAAUACAUGGAGCGACACAAGAUCAAGCCGGACAGCAAAGCAUUCCAUCUUCUGCAGAAGCUUCUGCUGAUGGAUCCCAACAAACGCAUCACUUCGGAGCAGGCCAUGCAGGACCCCUACUUCUCGGAGGAUCCCAUGCCGACGGCGGACGUUUUCGCCGGAUGUCCCAUUCCUUAUCCCAAACGUGAAUUCUUGACGGACGAGGAUCAGGACGACAAGGGUGAAAGCAAACGCCAGCAACAACAGCAGCAGCAACAGCAAGCCAAUCAACAAGCUCAGCAAAACCAGCAACAACAAGCAAAUCAUCAGAAUCAACAGCAAAACCAGCAACAACAGGCAAACCAGCAAAACCAACAAUCGCAACAGCAGCAGCAACAACAGCAGAUGCAACAGCAGCAACAAGCCCAAGCCGGUGGCAUGGAUCACAGUGCGGCCAAGCGGGUACGCAUGUCCGGUCCCAACGGUCAGCCUGGCAACGGCAUGAACCAACAGGACUACCAGGUCCAACAGGCUCAGCAAGCGGCAGCAGCUGCGGCCGCGGCCCAACAGCAGCAACAGCAACAACAACAGCAGCAGAUGAUGUUCAACAAUCAGCAGCAAGGUGGAUUCCAGCAGCGGUAUUAGGUCUGGUGGCGCGCCGUAUCUUAGGAUAUAAGCUAGGUAAGUUUCGUUCGUUCUCCGGGACUGUAUAUCCAAUGUACGUCUAUCAAUCUACGUAUAUAAAUCUAACUAUAAAGUGA